GAGCGAGCAGAAGGGGCAGAGGGAGCGACCAGACCUGGCGGCAUGGAUGUGCGACAGGGGACAUCCACGAACGGGCUGAGGACGGUGGCCACCAACAGGCUGGACACCUGGAUCAUGGAGACCCUGCAGCCCAGCACGGAUUUCUGCAGGCAGGUGAAGCAGACGGUGAAGCAGAUCUGUGAUUUCCUGAAGGAGGACUGCUUCGAGACUGGCAUCCGCGUCCACAAGACUGUCAAGGGUGGCUCAGCAGGCAAGGGCACAGCUUUGCAGAACAACUCCGAUGCUGACGUGGUGCUCUUCCUUAGCUGCUUCUCCAGCUACCAGCAGCAGAAGCAGAAGAGGAGGUAUAUCCUGGAUUUGAUUGAGAAGAGACUGCACACCUGCAGGCAGAGCCUGACGUUCACUGUGAACAUCAGUGAGCCCCGUUACAAGGGUCCUGGUAGUACACCGCGCUCCCUCAGCCUCACUCUCUGCUCCAAGGACACCUUGGAGUCCAUCGAGGUGGACAUCCUGCCUGCCUACGAUGCUUUGGGGCAGUUGAUCCUGGAUGCCCCACCAGAUGCAAGUGUGUACAUAGGGCUGCUGAAAGCUAGCAGUGACCCCGGGGAGUUCUCUCCCUGCUUCACUGAGCUGCAGAAAAAGUUUGUGAAGCGCUGCCCUGCCAAGCUGAAGAAUCUCCUGCGCCUGGUGAAGCACUGGUACAAGGAGCUGCUGAAGCCACGGUACCCCACUGCAGACCUGCCCCCCAAGUAUGCCCUGGAGCUGCUGACCAUCUACGCCUGGGAAGAGGGCACAGGCUGCUCUGACUCCUUUGUCACGGCUGAAGGCUUCCGUACCGUGCUGGAGCUGCUGUGCCGGCACCAGGAGAUCUGCAUCUACUGGGAGAAGUACUACUCGCUCCAGCACAACCAGAUCGGUGCCCACAUCAAGACGCUGCUGCGCAGUCCCUGCCCUAUCAUCCUGGACCCCGCCGACCCAACAGGGAUCCUCGGCCAAGGCAAGAAUUGGAAUCUGGUGGCACAGGAAGCUGCUGGCCACCGUUCCCUGCCCUGCGUCAGUACUGCCCAGCCCUGGGCUGUGGAGGUAAGGCUGCUUGCCCUGCAGCAUUCUACCCCUCUCCCAACCCUGCAGCUUUGCCCAGCUGCUCUUGUGUCCCUGCAGCCAGCCCGGCCUGUGAAGAUCGAGGUGAGGCAGCUGCUGGGCACCAGCCUGAGCAGGACCAUCAGCCCUGGCACCACCGUCCGGCAACUGAAGGAGGCAAUUGAGCAGGAGUGGGGCAUCCCUUGUUACCAGCAGCGCCUGGCACAGGAGGGGCCGGGCAGGAGUUCUGUUGUCCUACAGGAUGGCGAGACCCUGGCCUCCUAUGGCAUCUUCUACAGCACCACUCUGCUGCUGCUGCAGACAGAGCCCCAAGCGAUGGAGAUCUUUGUGAAGGAUGACAAGAACCGGACAACCACCUACACGGUGCUGCCUACCACCACCGUCCGGCAGCUGAAGGAGCAAAUCCGCAGCCGUCAGGGGCCGCCCACUGACCAGCAGCGCCUGACAUAUGGCUCUCGGGAGCUGGAGGACCGGCACACGCUGGCACACUAUGACGUCCAGCCCAGGAGCACAAUCUUCAUGCUCCUGCGGCUCCGUGGGGGCACAGACCCCCAGCACGCCCGGUUCCCUGCCUGAGUAUUGUCACUAGCACUCCUGUACCCCACCCCCCCCCCAGCGUAUUGCCCCUGUACCCCCGCUUCCCCUCUGCUCAUGCUGGAAAUAAAUCCUUGUGCUGCUCUCUGGGUUGGAGACAGUGCCAAGUGCCACA